UUCCUAAACCCUUUCUCCAUUUUUCAUCCAUUUCUUGGCAGAGCCGCGCAACGCACAUACGCACGUAUAGGUGUAUUAUACGGCGCGUUUUUCUUAGAAUCUGGCUGGGAAAUCUACAAAGUUUGAAUCUUUAUUGUUCCAGUUUUCUUGGGCGUUGAUUCAAUUUUGGCCCCAGCAAGAAUUUGGAAUCUAUUUUUCUUGGCACUGAUGAUUUCACUUAUAAGCCUGGUCUUGGGAAGAGAAGAUCUUGAUGAGCUUAGGGAAAACAGCUGAGUAGUUAAUCCAAAAGAUGGAGUCUAACGAAAGCGUGAUUGCCAAUCUGCUGGGUUUUGGCAAGUCUUUUCCUCCACGGACGCCAUGUGAACGAAGAACUAAAAGAAGAAUGCCAUCAGAACACUAUCUCCAAAAAAUAGCUUCUAUUGGUUUGUGGGAAAAUAGUUCAUUUUCAGUCAAGAAGAAGAGUUUUAAUUCCAUUGAAUAUGAUAAGCUUCUUGGAGUUCGGAGACAUUCCUCGGUUUGUAAGCCAUUUAGGAAGGUUAUUGAACCAAGACAUAGUUCAAUGCAACGUCCUAAAAGCGCAAUGGUUUGUCCCAAACAGAGCCCGAAACAUUAUGCUAAACUUGGAGAUGGAGUGAUAGUUAUUCCGGAGAAGAAGAGCGCGUCUAGAUUCUACAAAUCCAAACGCGGUAUUUCAAGCAUUGGGAAUUCAUUAAUGAACUUAGAGGAUGUUGUUUCCUCUUACAGCUCGACGGCUUCAGUUAGACAGGAAUCGCUAAAUGGAUCCCCUCAAACCCAAGUGGGAUCUAUGGAAAAUGCCAUAAUUUACCCAAAUUCUCAAUUGAAUACAAAGGAAGGUAAUCAAAGAAGUCCAAAUUCAGUUCUCGAACCACGUUUUAAAGAGAUCGAACUUCUAAACUCCGAAUGCUUUCACCAUCCUGUUUUAGAUGUACAUAGUGUGGUAGCACAGCUCAAGCUUCUUGAUGACGAGUCAGAUGAAACAUACUCUGAAGCUUCUGAAAUGGCCCUCUCAGCUGCUGAAGACACAAAAAGGGGAUCUUUUUAUUCUUCUCAAGAACAUCUUGGCGUGUUUCGCACGGAAGAAAGUCGGGACUUUUCAUACCUAGUCGACGUUUUAGACGAGGCGCGCCUCCACUUUGAAGUGGACUUGGAAACGUGCAAUUCUUUGGAGUCCCCUAUAAACCCAUCGCUCUUUGACACCUUAGAGAAGAAAUAUGGCAAGCAAAAGUCUUGGUCAAAGCCCGAGAGGCGGCUCUUGUUUGACCGUAUAAAUUUAGGGUUGAGCGCGAUUUUGGGCUCUUUUUUCGACAUCCAUGUUGCGUCGAAGUCGUUGAGAUUGAGGCUUUGUAGGAAGUUGAGGAGAAGCGAGGUGGAGGAAGAACUGUGGAUGUCGCUCGUGAACAAGGGAACGGAAACCGAGUGUAUGGAAAUGGAAAGAGAGAUUGGUGUUGUUUGUGAUGAAGUAGAGAAUUACUUGUUUGAUGAGCUGCUAGCUGAAGAAUUUUAUUGCAUUUGACUUCUUGGUUUGCAGCCUUUGUGUUCUUGAGCAGGGGCAAGGUCCGCGUAUACAAAUCCUACCCAGAAUCUAUUUGUGUCGAUUAUUAUUGGUUUUUUUUGUGGGGUGGGGUGGGGGCUAUUUUUCUUAAAUACAUUUUUCUUUUUCUUUUUUUUUAAAUACAUUUGUUCUUUUAUAUUUACAUCACAUUUUUUUGGGUGUUGCAUCCAUUUUUGGUUGAAUGGGCAGUUUUAUAGGUUAUAG